AUGAAGAUUUUGGUAUCUGUUAUUAAAAUAAUUGGCACCAGAAGGCAAACCUAUACGAAUAAUAAUGGUAAUGCAGGAACUGGUCAGCCCCAACCUCAGCAACCUCAGUCUCAACCUCAACCUCCACCACCGCAGCCUCAUGCUCACCAGCAACAGCAAUCUGUUAAAACUCAGAGAGCUCCAAUGGAAUCGAUAACUCCGAAUAAUUUCAGAGCUCAGCAGCCUUGGCCUCCAUCUCAGCAAGGACCAGUUCCUCAAACUUAUGCUGCAUCAUUAAGAUACCCAUCACCUGCGCCCUAUACUGCUCAGCAGUACAGUCAACAUAAUUCUGUAAGUAUCACUCUCGACUACAAGUGGUAG